AUGACGAGCAUGUCACCCACAAGUGCCGUCAACGGCCACUCGGGGCCCAACUCCAACCAGGGCAGCGUUUCGCCCCGGCAGACGGUGUCACCCAAGAACGUCGCAUUUGAACUCCUCUUCACAGAGUCACCACAAUACCGUGCGCGACUCCCUAUGCGAGUUCAAAUUUACCCUCACGACACCACUGACUCCAUUGUCACCACCGUCAAGAAUUUUUACGGUCUGUACUCGGGGCCGACCGGCUCAAAGGGCGUCAGCUUCGAGGAUGACCAAGGCAUAACUCUCAUCGCCAGAUACGAGAACUUCCGCGACAACAUGGUUGUCUAUGUCAGAGUCAUUGAGGAACCCCCUUCUUCCACUAGCCCUUUUGUCCCGCCCUCUACUUACCAACACGCUCCUGUCGGCGCUCCGCCACACUAUGGGGCGGACGGCUACCCGACACUUCAGCCUCCGCAUCGCUUUGGCCAUGAAGUCUCCAGACCCUCAUCUAGGACCUCUCGGAAGCGCAGUCCGUCGCCCAAUGUCGGCCGCGGCCGACGCAGCGGCUCUGCCAACACAACCACCAAGAAGGGUCGAUCUCGCUCCUCCAAGAACAGAGAUACUGGCGCCAAUGGCCACGCCGACAUUUACAGUGACAGUGUCAAUGGUUACAGCAGCGGUGACGGAGCCCCUGGUUCUAGCUCUAGCAGGGUCAAGGAGCAGAUAGGCAACACCGAAAUCAGUGUCGAAAACAUUGUAGAGGGUGGCCGACGCAAGCGAGCCAAAUUCGAGAGCUCUGAGCUUCCAUUGUUUGCGCCUCCGCAGAUGCCGGCGGCCACGUCGAACCCCUCCGUGUCCCCUGCCCGUCGCAGCGAACCUCAGCGAGCUUCUUUCCCCUUCGUGCAGCCGGGCCAAAACCCCUUCACGAAUCCCAUCCCUCUGCAGUCUCCGCAGAGCCACAAUAACGGAUACGGUCAUGGUGGGUACUAUGCGACGCCAUCUUCAGAGCGCCAUGCUCGUGGCAGCAUUGGGUACCCCGGACAGGGCAGCAGCUAUGGUGGCAUGGGUGGAAUCCUGCCGACUCCGGACCCCACUGUUGGCAGUUGCAUGUCGGAGGAGGACAAGGAUGUGGCUAUCCAGCUUAUGCGUCUGGGUGAAAUGUCCAACAUUUCACACGGUCGCACUUCCGCUUCUACCCUCGACGAUACCUUCAGCGGUCGCGCCGAUGCCGCCUCGUCCACUGGAGCCACUAGUGACGGCGACAGCGAGAGCGAGGAAGAGUGCUCGGCUUCCCAGCGCCAGCAGCUGGAUGCUGCCGGCAUCAUGCGCAAGAUGUACCAGACCACGGAAAGCCACUUCAUCCCUCAGCCGAGCAUCGAGACGAGCGGUGAUGAUGCCGACAUGGAGGACGCUCCCGACGUCCCGGCCAACACGGAGCGCAAGCCCGAGGCUUUGAAGAACAAGACCAAUCUCCCGGACGCCAGGCCCAAGACCCAACUGCCCGGGUCCAAGCCCAAGCCCAAGGUCAGCAAGGUUCCCCGUCCCACCAUUGCCAAGCCCAAGAAAGCUUCCGCCACCGCGAGCAAUGGCCCCAUGUCACCUGCUUCUCUGCCUCCGUCGCGCAAGCCGUCAAUUGCUUCUGCUCCCACCGUCCCGGGUGCUCCUGGCGAAGAGGAGCAGCUGGAUCUCUCUGCCAAGCCUCGUUGCCAGCGAUGCCGCAAGAGCAAGAAGGGCUGCGACAGACAGCGACCCUGCGGACGAUGCCGCGACGCCGGCCUCAGUGCCGAUCAGUGCAUCAGCGAGGACGAGGGCAAUGGUCGCAAGGGUCGCUAUGGCCGACACAUGGGUGUCCCCAUUAAGAAGGAGGACAUCACCAACCCCAUGCAACCCAUUCUCCUUCCAGCUGCGCCCAUUUCCACGACGGCCGCUGUCGCCGACAAGAAUAAGAAGAGGAAACGGUAA